CCGUGCCAUGCUUGACUACCAAAAUGAAUGCUGGGAUAUUUGUGUUGACAAGUUCACACAAGUUACUAACCAAUGCAUCAGUAGUAAAAUGAGCAUGUCAAGAACACUUCUGGGAAUUUUAACCGUUCUUGGUGAAAUGUGAGCUUUUGUAUUAGAACAGUACUUGGGCUGCGACUGAUGACGUUUCACAAGGACACAAGUACAGACAAGAUGCAGAUUGAGAACCAUAGUCUCACUCAAUCCUCACCUCCAAAAUCAUUUGCGAUUGCUCCUGGUUCUGUUGCUUUACUUCAUGUCCUGCACCACAUGUCACAUGACUAUGAAUGAAAGGCUCACUGAGCAUGAAUUUUAGACCUUCCUUGUUUAGUUGUUAAAGGGUUUGAUGUGAAGAAUGUUUGUUUGCUAUGAUCAGGACCACAUCCAUCUUAUGAUAUCUACUCUCACACCAGUGGACCAGUUAAUGUUUACUGGUCAAUUGCAGUGCCAAAAAGUGAAACUGUUUGUCCAAUGACUCAACCAUGAAGCAGCUACAGUAUAUAAACCUGGAGGUGACUGGAGGUGGAUCAGCUGAUGGACACUAUGAUGAUGAAGCUGUCAGUGUUGUUCCUGCUGGCUCUGCAGACUCCGUCUUCAGCCAAUCCUCUGGACAUCAAGAACACCACAGAGCACAGCAAUGUCUCCUUAAUGAAUCCACAUCUAGAUGGCGGGCCUGAAAUCGCAGCUAAUGGAUCGAUGCCAAGAGAUCUGCCGCUGCUUAGUGUUGCUAAGUUAACGCAGAGGAGGCGGGUUCAGUCGUCCUCCAUCACUGCUGACGUCGGCACCACCCUGGAAUGGGUGACGUGGAACAACUAUCUCCCCAACAAUGCCAUCUCAAUCUACAAUGGAUAUUUUGAUCGCAUUGACUAUGUCUGCAAAUACAUGUGUAACGCUGGCUUUUAUAACCCCAGCAUGGGCCCUUAUUGCCACUAUCCCAGUGCAGAAAAAGAAUAUUCUGGUUCCCCCUUUGAGAUCCUGGUGAACAAAGACAAUUUUGAGAUCCUGGAGUGGAAGGAUGAUUCGUACGGAUCAGUGCCCCAAAAUUCAGUCAGAACCUGUCCCGGGGAGGACACAUAUGUAGGGAAGAACAAAUAUGGACUUGGGAAGGUGGUUACUCAGGAUAAAGCUUUCUACCUGCCUUGGAAGGGGUAUGAGUAUUGGUACAACUACUACCAGGUCCUGACCAUCAAUCAGAAUGUAAUCAGCCAGCAGAUCUACGAUGUCAGGUACAACACUGAUGAGUCUAAGAUCUUAAAGUAUCCCCCAGAGAUCAUGCGCAAAACAACCAUUAGCAACUAUGAGUGCCACCCAGUGGUGAAAACAGAUACCCUCUCAAAGACACAUCAGGUGGAGUACAGGUGGGACAUCACCUCUUCCAUCACAUUUGGUGUUAAAACUAGCAUCAAGGCCGGUAUUCCCUUAUUAUUCUCUGUAGGCAUUGAGUUCAGCACCGAGGAGACAUUCCAGUUCUCCUGGGAAAACACGGUGACGGAGGCCGUCACUGAUUCUGUCUCUGUGGGGCUCACUGCUCCACCAAACCACGCCUGUAUGGUUAAUAUGGUGCAGUAUAAGUACAAAGCUGACAUCCCAUUCACAGCACGCCUCAGACGCACAUAUAGUAAUGGAGAGAUCCGCACGAUGUCCAUCAUAGGGACGUACGACAGCAUUCAGAUUGGAGAAGUCCAGGCCGUGGUGGACCGAUGUGAACCUCUAAACUCCACACCUUGUCCAUGAAAGUCAAUUCAGUGCUAUUUUUAAAUUACUUUCUGAAUAUGAGAACCAUGGGCUCAAAGUUAUAUAAAAAAGAAAAUACUGUAUUUGAGUUCCAUUUAUAAGCCUUUAUUAAAUAAACUUUCACCUCAACAUUAGCACCAAAUAAACUCAGUCAACAAUGCCAUUAAAAUGAGCUCAUUAACAUAAAAAUACAGUUUAAUUUCCAAAGAGGUAGAUUAUGUCCAUCUCUGCUGUCUGAGAACUUGUAUUUUUCUUAAUGCAAACCUCAUUUGGGAACAUUUGGGAAUUGUUUUACAUGGUCUUUGGCAUCAUUCUUGUUGGCAGGUGACAUUUGUUCAACUUCCACCAGAAUGCACACUGCUGAUCCUUGCUGAAUGUACUGUAAUGACAUAAAUUACCACGACAUGAAAUGCGACAGUUUUUCACAUCUAGAUCUCGUUCCUUGUUGAGUUUGUAUACACUUAUUGUAAACCACUUUGGACUCAAGUAAAAUGAAUGAAUAUAAUAUGAAUAUAAAUAUAUGCCUUUUUAUUUCAUGCCUUAAUGAUAAAUGGAUUUGUACAUAAUAAAAUCACAUGGCAUUUUA